GCAGUUGCGUCCGCACAAGGCGACGUGGGCACUACGGCGUACAUAAUAUUGGUGUCUCAGACAGAGUUCAUGUACGACAUUACGCGAAACACCAUUCGCAUGGUUCAGUGAUGACGUUUAUCAGUGUCCUCGUUUAUGUAGGACAGCGUCGUGUUCCAAUAGAUGUAACGCACCAAUACGUGUUUUAGUAAAGCAGGUCUAAUACUAUAAUAUUUGUACACACAGUGUUAUCUGCGCCCAAUAGGUUAUCUGUGGUCAGAACAGUCCGAACAACUAUCCCACAUGCAAUAGCCUUCUCACGGCUGUAGCGUUCAUUACUGAAGUACCGCGACGCGUUUACUUUAUCGCCGUGUGUUAUUUUUAAAUUCAGAAAAAAAAAAUACUUUUACGUGAUUGGGAAUUUUCCACGUGAUUUCAAUAUGAUGAAGCUGUGGGGUAUGCUGUUGGUGUUCAUUGCCUUCAACUAUGCUGAUGAUAGCCUGCUAUCACUGGACAGAUAUCACACACACGAGGAGAUGAUAAGUUUCCUCAAGAACUUCACAAAGAUGCACAGCAAUCUUACCAGACUAUACUCAAUAGGGGAGUCAUUUGAAGGAAGAGAGUUGCUAGUCUUGAGGAUCAGUGGGGGGGAUGACCUGCUCCUGAGGCCCAACUUGAAGCUGGUGGGCAACAUCCAUGGCAACGAGGCAGUUGGGAGAGAAGUGUUGCUACACUUCAUUGAAUACCUGGUGACCGAGUACAAUAAAGGGAACAAGAGAGUGAGACGGCUCCUUGACUAUGCUCAUGUGCACAUCCUGCCUAGCAUGAAUCCUGAUGGUCAGACCGGAGAGCUGCAGAACGAGACAUUGGCUGUGAUGAGAUGGCUGGAUGAUUUUCCUUUUGUGUUGUCUGCGGCUCUCCAUAGCGGUUCACUCGUUGCAAACUACCCCUUUGACAACAGCAAAUAUGAUAUUUGGGAACAGUUCUUCAAAACCGUUGAUGUAUCUCAGCUUUCCCAAGAAGAGGUCACAAAGCUUUGGAAGAAAUGGCGGCCUGGCUCGUUGUCCAAGGAGCCAAACCUGACAGAAGAUGAUGAUGUGUUCAAACAUCUCGCCCUGGUCUACGCCAGAAAACACCCUACCAUGCACAAGGGGAAGGCUUGCCCAAAUAAUUAUGCAAAAGACACAUUUCCGAAGGGAAUCGUCAAUGGGGCUGAGUGGUACCCGCUCACAG